UGCAUUUUACAUACUUGGAAGUGAUGUGCAUAAUUUUAAAAUAUUUUACAGGAAUUGACAAUGAAAGAAAAGAGAAAAGGUUGCAGUCCAACUGAGAUGAAUAUGGAGUCAAAGAAGAAAUUGAAAAAUGUGAACAAGAGUGUGGACCCUCAGCUAUGGCAUGCCGUUGCAGGAGGAAUGGUUCAAAUGCCAGAAGUUAACUCACAGGUCUUCUACUUCCCUCAGGGUCACGCCGAGCAUGCUUGUGAGCCUGUGAAUUUCAGUUCUUACUCCAAAAUUCCGUCUUUCAUUCCAUGUAGAGUUGAAGCUAUAAGAUAUAUGGCUAAUCAUGAGACCGAUGAAGUGUAUGCAAAACUCAGACUUGUCCCUAUGAAUAUUAACCAGGUUAGUUUUGAUAAUGAUGGUGUUGCUGGCAUCAACGUGUCCGAAACAAAGGAUAAACAUCAAUCUUUUGCGAAAACCUUGACACAAUCUGAUGCAAACAAUGGUGGUGGCUUUUCUUGUCCUAGAUAUUGUGCAGAAACGCUUUUUCCUCGUUUGGACUAUUCAGCUAACCCUCCUCUUCAGGAUAUUUUUCCCAAGGAUGUUCAUGGCGAAAAGUGGCAUUUCAGGCACGUUUAUAGGGGCACGCCGAAGAGGCAUUUGUUGACAACUGGAUGGAGUCCUUUUGUCAGCGACAAGAAACUUGCGUCUGGGGAUUCGAUUGUGUUUUUGAGAUCUGAAAACGGCGAUCUUCAUGUUGGAAUUCGGAGGGCUAAAAGGCGAAAUAAUGUUGGAGUCGAUCCUUUGUCAGGGUGGAAAUCUGGUAGUGGAAUUGGAAUUUGUGCUGCACCACCUUACGGAGGAUUUCCAUCGUUUUCGGGAGAGGAAGAUAAUAAACUUCGAAGAAACGGUAAAGGUAAUGGAUUGCUAAUAAGUGAUGGAAUGAUGGGUAGGGGGAAGGUGAAAGCUCUAGAAGUUAUUGAAGCAGUAAGACUCGGUACUAAUAUGCAGCCGUUUGAUGUGGUUUAUUAUCCUCGGUCGGGUACUCCUGAGUUUUUUGUGAAAACUUCUUUAAUUGGAAUGGCACUUCAGAUUAGGUGGUGUCCUGGAAUGAGGUUCAAGAUGGCCAUUGAAACCGAGGACUCAUCAAGGAUAAGUUGGUUUAUCGGAACUGUUGCUUCUGUUCAGGCUGCUGAUCCGUCAUGGUCUGAUUCUAUGUGGAGACUUCUCGAGGUUACAUGGGAUGAACCUGAGUUACUUAAAAAUGUGAAAAGAGUGAAUCCGUGGCAAGUUGAAAUAGUAUCGAACAUGCCUUCGAUCCCUCUUUCGCCUUUCAUACCGCCAAGGAAGAAAUUGAGAUUGCCUCAACUCCCAGAUUUCCCAAUUGAUGGCCAAUUUCCAAUGCCAACUUUUCCAAACAACCUUCUAAGUCCUAAUAUUCCAAUUUUUUAUUUACCCGAAACUAGUCCUGCCGGCAUGCAGGGAGCCAGGCAUGGUCAUUUCGGUGUUACCUUACCAGAUUUUCAUAAUCUUCCAUUAGGUCUCUUUCAGCCUAGUUUCCAACAACCGUUUAAUAAUAUUGCGACAAUGCCGAUGACUGUCCCUAAUAACCCGGCAUUGCAAAAGCCGAACACCAGUGAGAACGUUUCAUGCUCGCAUUCGAUAUCAACUUCUGCACAAUCUUCAGAGAAACCGGAUCAUGCAAAGCCGCACCAACUUGUGCUUUUUGGCCAAACAAUACAAGUUGACGCUGGAAAUGAAAAUUCCGAGAAGAAAAUGUCUAAUCAUUUGUCUGAUCUUCAUCUACAAGGCCUGUCGUCAAGAUCAUCUGAUGCGAGGUUCGAGUGGAAUGCUGAGAACCAACACGAAGAAACAUUGGCAGGAGAAACAUUAGAGAUGAAACAUUCAGAGACUUCAUCAGAAAAGCUAGGAGGUUGACAAUUUUAAUGGAUUCCACUAGCGGCGCGACAACGGAGGAUCAGCAAGAAAAAAAAGAAAACCACCAGUUCAAUUGUAGAGCUGGAUGAUCAAAUUCCUCUAUUACCAUUUUGACACAUUACCCUUCCUAUAGCAAGAAUUUUGAAAUUUUUGCCCUUUUCUUUAGGAUUAAUUUUUUACUUUGUUGCAAAAUUUUGUUGGGAAUAGAUGUGAGGGAGAGAAGGAAUACUAGAGAGUAGAGACUAGAGAUCCAAUAUCUCUUUAAGAAAUUACUCCGAUUCUGUUUUAUCUUGUAUUAUGUGCAAUGUAAGGCUGAAAUUUUAUAUCAUGUCA